AUGGAUGUGACUUGUCGUCAGAGUUCAUUAAAAGACAUCAACAAUCGUCUACAUGAAGACUGGCAGGCAAAGAUCAACCAAGAAGGACGCAUCUACUACCUCAAGAACGAAGCAUUUUCAGACUUAGUUGAUGCAAGUAUCAAACUGGGAUAUUUCAUAAAUGGGCGUUCACUCAUGAGGACGGGGAAGUAUGAAGAAGCUCUGAUAUCGCUUGACCCCAAUGUCACCAGCGCUAAAACAACACUGGCUCAGGUACUACAGAAAAUUUUAACUCACUUACCAACAUCGGAAAAUUUAAAAUGUUCAGAACUUCAACAUCAUGGUAUUCGUGGUAGGUGUGCUCAUGGAAUGACAACACCAUUCAGCGUCUUCACAUCUGGAUUGGAUGAACUGGCGUCAGCAAUACUUGUAAGUUUUAACCAAUCAGCACACGGAGGGAACGCCUUUGAUAUUGGUGCAGUGUGCGCUCAAAAGAAACGAAAGCAUUCUGACCCCACUACUGGUACAGAGUUGAAACCAUGUGAACCAAGGUUGAUUGCACCGCACCUUCUAACUCGAAGCGACUACGAAUGUAGCCUUUGUUUUCGGCUGCUUCACAAACCUGUAACAACACCAUGUGGUCAUGCCUUCUGUACAGGUUGUCUCAAUAGGUGUUUGGAUCAUAAUCCUCGGUGUCCGCUAUGCAAGCACUCCUUAACAGAGUAUUUAGCAAGCAAGAAAUUUUCAGUCAAUGUUCUGAUACAAAAGAUAAUAAAACAGUACUUUGAGAAAGAGUUUCAUGAACGAGAGGAGAUCCAUGCGGAAGAAAUGGAAGAAUUACGGGGGGCAUCUAAAGGCCAUGGAGAGUCCGUGAUCCCACUAUUCAUUUGUACGAUUGCAUUUCCCACAAUCCCCUGCCCAUUGCACAUCUUUGAGCCUCGAUAUAGGUUGAUGAUUCGUCAGUGUAUUGAGUCUGGGUCUAGGCAAUUUGGAAUGUGUGUUCCAUCAGAACAAAAUGAAUUUUCUGAUUAUGGUUGCAUGCUAAAAAUUGAAGAAGUGCAAACAUUGCCAGAUGGAAGGUCAAUCAUUACAAUUGUAGGGGGGAGGCGAUUCAAAGUGUUGAGUCGGGGAAUGCGUGAAGGGUACAACACAGCCAAUGUGAGGUUUAUUGAAGAUGACACUGUACAAGGUAUGUAG